CUCAAAAUCCAAUCGCAUUUCAACACGAAACGAUAACGAAAAUAAAGUUGAUUUGAACAAGUAAAUUACAUGCUGUAGAUAGUCAUGAUGAAAGCGUGGCGUGUGUAUCUGCUCCUGUCUCUGCUUCUCGCUGUUGCUUUCGCGGCGAAGAAGACUAAGGACGAAGAGGAUGACGAAGAUGAAGACGACGACGAGGAAGAUGGUAAAGUGGAGGAUGAGGAAGAAGAGGAGCGAAAAGAAAAAGCGAAGUUUAAGAAGAAAAAUAUCCGAGACUACGAUGAAGCAGAUUUAGAAAGACUGUAUGAUCAAUGGGAGGAAGACGAGGAGCCACUGCCGGAGGACGAGCUGCCGGAGUGGAAGCGGAAACAGAAGGGCAUCGACAUGUCGCAGCUGGACAUGAGCAACCCCGAGAAGAUGAUGCAGCAGACCAAGAAGGGGAAGUCGCUGAUGAUGUUCGCUACCGUCGCAGGCAACCCGACGGAGAAGGAGACGGAGAAGAUCACAGGCCUGUGGCACAGCAGCAUGUUCAACGCCAACAUGGAGAUGCAGAGGUACGUGGUGGGCAGCAACCGCGUGUUGUUCAUGGUGUCGGACGGGGCGAAGGCGUGGGACGUGAAGGACUUCCUGGUGCAGCAGGACAACUGUGAAGAGGUGACCAUCGACGGACAGAACUACCCCGGGAAGGGGGCGCAAAAGAAGGCUGACGAUGGAAAGAAGGGGGACAAAAAGAAGAAAAAGAAGAAGGAUGAACUGUGAGGAAGAUGAUUCAUCACCUUGGCAACGGUGAUGCUGGUAUCAGAGGAAUAUGUGUUGAUGAAUGUAGCUUGUCCUAUCAGAAUCAGCAUUAGGAGAUGGAGGUAUACAUGUGUUUGUGAAUGUGUCGUCUGAUUGAUCACCUGGUGAGGUUAAGUGUGACUUUUCAUGUAACAACGAUGCAAAUAUUUCAUGACUGAAGUUCCUGUAUAUAAUAAUGUUGUGUGCUGUGAUUAUGUUGGGUAUACAUUGUAGGACCAUUUGUUCAUGGCAAGACUUUUUUUGAGAGUUUACAUACCUUUGGCCCCAAAAUUCAGGUCAGUAAGACGAAUAAAUACAAAAUCUCAAAAUUUCAGCUAUUUAUUUUUUUAAUUCCUCAAAAGGUUAAUUAGGUAGGGAAGCAAAAAACAGGUGUGGGGUAGUUGUGUUAUGAAGUUUUUAAGGGGAAUUGUCAACAGGUUUAAAUUAGGGUAAUUUAAAUUUUAUGUAUAUUGAUCAUGUUGACAGCAACAGUAAGCAAGUUUUUUUAACAUGAUACUUUUUUCUGGUCGGCAGAAUAAUAGUUAUAAUAACAAAAAAACACUGCUUUUCAUUUUUUAAACAUUUUUUCAUUUCAGUUUUUUUAAUUAACUGAUUCGUAAACAAAGCUUUAAAAAAAAGUCUGGCCUUAACGCUCAGUGGAAUUUUCUAAUCAAAUGUUAAUAGUUUUGCAAAUAUUUGUGUUUAUGCUUCAAACAAUUAUUCAAACUGAAAAUCUUAGCUUCAAACCAUACCAAAAAAUUAUUUGACUCAGAAAUUAUUCUCAAGCUUAUGUGUAUUGUCAAUAUAUUUAUACUAGUAUCUCACAUGUUCACAACCGGCAACUAUUGUAUUGUUGAGGCUAUCUGGUGCAAUAUGAACUACAUACAUGCCAAUACAAGCAUCAUUCUCUGAUGGGACUGAUAAGUGAGCAUGUACAAUGUUAUAUCAGUGUCUGAGAGUUGUCUCCCUUCAGUAUGCAUAUAUUUGUCUCUAUUCAUUCUGCAGGUGUCCUUUCAUUCAGCAGUUAUCUCCCUUCAUUCAGCAGUUGUCUCCCUUCAACUGCAGUUGUCUGCCUCAGCUCAAAUAUUCCAAAGGGGGUUCAAAUUUUGUUUUUUGUUUUCCUAUAACAAGCUUAGGUAUCAAGCCUCCAAGCUACAAGGGCAGUCGGGUAGCCUAGUGGUUAAAGUGUUCGCUCGUCAUGCCCAAGACCCGAGUUUGAUUCCCGACAUGGGUACAAUGUGUACCCCCGCCGUGAUAUUGCUGGAAUAUUGCUAAAAGCGGCGUAAAACCAUACUCACUCACUCACUCCAAGCUACAAGGAAUUAUUGAUUAUUAUAUCAAAAGUGUACAUAGUUCACUGAUUCUUGGCAAGAGUUAUCAAGAUAUUUAAUACCAGGUAAUAGAUUAAUAAUCCAUUGUUCGAGUUGGAUAUUCUCAAUAAAAAAAUCUGAAAAAACAAUGAAUACAAUGAACCAGUCAGCAUGAAACAAAGAUUAUAAUGCUCAGUGACAAUUACUGAAAAUAAUUAAUCUGUUUCUGUGCUCUUAUGGGUAAUAUUGAUGCAUUAUAUUUGCACCUUUCACAUUUGCAUUAUGUUGUAAGAUCUGUGCUACUUUCUUCAAAGUGACUAUCACAAAUGUUUGUAAUUCAUUCUGCAUUUGUCUCCCUUCUAUCUGCAGUUGUCUCCCUUCGCUCAGUUUUGAUGUUGAAUGGUGUUAUUCAAAUUGUCCAAGUGCCUUCUUUUAAAUAUGUUGGAUAUUUGAUGUAUGCCGUUACAAUCUUUAUGUACAAUGAACACCACACAUCAGGCCACAUUAGGAAAUAUUUGAGGUAAUCAGAGAAGUAAGUGUUUAAAAUAAUCAAGUUUUCUUCCAUCUUGAUAUUUUGCCAAAAACACCCUUUUGACAUUUAUGAAAAAUAUUGGAGGAUAAUUGUUUAAGAAACUAUUUUGUUAUGACAGUUGUAAAUUGUUUCAACCAUACAGUGUUAUUGUCAUGAUUGGGGAAACAAUGCUAACUGCACGUGGUAAUCAUGAAAUAUGUUUGUGUUUCUAUGACAAUUUGCUAUCAUUUCCCGAUCAUUUGACUCAUCUUCUUGAGGCAAGGGCGUUAACUGACUAUUAAAGUCCAGUUUCCAUCCUUGCCUAACUAGGCUGGAAUUCCAGAGUUACAUUUUGGCUGGAUUAACGAGCAUAUGCAUAGUCCAAUCAAUAUCGUGUAACG